AUGUCAAACAUUGGCGCUUCCGCCGUCAAACCGGAACCAAGUCCCGGACUGGCGAUCAAAUCAGAACCCGACGCAAAAGACAAUGACAUUGCGAUGCUAUCAGAUGAGGAUAUCUAUGAGGAUACGGGUGAUUUAGAUUUUGCGAAUGCCGCGCAAGAUGUAUGGCUGACGAGGAUUCCGAAAAUUCUCUGGGAGAAUUGGUCGAAACUCGACGACGAUGAGGAGAUACAGAUCGGCACAGUAAGGGUGGAAGGGCCGCCAACCGACAUUAAGCGGAUCAGUCUUCGAUUACUCGAUAUCCCCCAGAAUGAGGGAGUACCGAAGGAUUAUAAUCUGAAACGCCAGAAUAUAAAUGCAGAUCGGACUGCUUACGCCGUGCAGAAUACGUUUAUAUUUACAGAGAAGGAUCUUCCUGGGUAUAAAGACAGGGCGCAUCUUCUAUUCAAUGAAAACCAGCCCCACGGGCGAUCGUACGUGUACGAGCAAAUGAAACGGGAUUCAAGGAAGAAGGCAAACAAGAAGAAGUGGGAGCCAUAUACAAGGAAAACUAUUCCAAAGCAAACGGCCAUCGCUGCGCGAGUACACGAUGAGUUCAACUGCCUUCCCGUUGAAAAUGAGGAAUAUCAUAGAAUAGCCGAGAAAAGAGCUCUAGAAGCCCUUAAACCGAAGAGAAACACCAAGUUUAUCGAAAGAGUUACUGGCAAAAUGUUGCAGCCGAAGACUGCUCAAGCUGCCGACAAGUCCAACUUUAUUCAAGUUACGAAACCCCCAAGGAUUCGCACCCAAGACAACAAAACCGCCCGUAUGCCGCAAAACGAGCUCCUGGACCUCAUCUACGCCUGUUUCCGACGAUACAGGUACUGGCCAUUUAAAUCCCUCAAAGCCGAGCUUAAGCAGCCAGAGGCUUACCUCAAGCAAACCUUGGAGAUGGUCGCACACCUUGUCAAGAGUGGUGAUUUUGCGAUGACAUGGGAGCUUAAGCCGGAAGCACGGGAAGCAAGCUACGCGAACGCCAUGGCGUAUAAAGAUGCGAAGCAGGAGCUGGCUCCAAGCGCGAUGGAUGAAGGUUCUGAGGCAGAGCCAACCGCUUCCGGAAUUGGUACCGAUAAUGAUGAUGAAGAAAACAUUAAAUUUGAAAAUGUGGUUUGA